CCCUCUCGGGGUGUCCCCCCGCGUGUCCCCCCGCGUGUCCCCCCCGUGUCCCUGCGCCGUGGGGCGGGGGGGUCCCUCCCUCCCUCCCACCCGGGGCCCAACGCGCCGCCUCCAUCUUGUGCCGCCGCCGCCGCCGCCGCCGUCGCGACAUCACCGGCCCCGGGACAGGCCCCGCCUCCGCCUGCUCCUUUAACACCGCCCGCGGCAGGACGGGGCCCCGUGACGUCACUCCCAGCCCAGCCAAUGAGCAUCCAGGAGGCCUGGCCGGCUGUGACCCCCCCCCGAGGACCCCCGGAGCAGCAACACCCAGUCCAUGAGGGCCCCGCGCACAGGUGGCCGGCGCGGGGAUGGCUCCGGUCGUGGAGGUGUCGGACGCCGGGCACUGCCGGGCGCUGCUGCUGGAGCUGAACGAGCAGCGCCUGCGGGGACAGUUCUGCGACGUCACCAUCAUCGCCGAGGACACCAAAUUCCGCGCCCAUAAAAACGUCCUGGCCGCCUCCAGCCCUUUCUUCAAGCGAGCGCUGGCCCAGGAGCCCACCUGCCCCUCACCUGCCCAGGUGCUGGAGCUGCCGGACGUCCAGGCCGGCGUCUUCUCCGACGUCCUCAACUUCAUCUACAACUCCCGCCUGGCCGUGCCGUCGCCGGCGGCCGCGCGGGCGCUGGGAGCCGUGGGCCGGCGCCUCGGCAUCCCCUCGCUGCAGGGGCUGGAGGCCGGGCCCACGCCGCCACCGCCGCCACCACCACCGCCGCCACCGCCGCGGGACACGAACGGCGCCUGGACGGCGGAUCCCCGCGGCCCCGCCGCCCCCGUGGACCUCACCUGCCCGGCGCGGCCCGGCGAGGCGGCACCGACGGGCGGCGACGAGGUGACGGCGUCGGCAUCGCCGCCGUCGUCGCCGUCGUCGUCGCUGCGCUGCGGGUUGUGCGGCCGCGGGUUCAGCUCGGCGGCCGCGCUGGGUUUCCACGCCAAGCUGCACCGCGGGCGCCGCGGGCUGUGCUGCCGGCACUGCGGGAAGAGUUUCAUCCACGUCAAGCGCCUGCAGACGCACGAGGUCGGCUGUCGCGACGGGGAUGGUGACGCCGACAACGCUGUUGGCGCCGCGGUUGUCACCACCGGCGCUGUCACCGCCACCACCGCUGCCAGCAGCGCCACGGCGGCGGCGGCGCCGAAAGCGGCCAAGAAGGCGCUGCUGCUGCGGCACCGCGCGCUGGAGCCGGGCGCGGAGCAGGAGCCGCUGGUGAAGGUGGUGGACGGGCAGGUGCUGUACCUGUGCGGCGUGUGCCAGCGCUCCUACAUGACGCUGUCCAGCCUGAAGCGCCACGCCAACGUCCACUCGUGGCGCCGCAAGUACCCGUGCCGCUACUGCGACAAGGUCUUCGCGCUGGCCGAGUACCGCACCAAGCACGAGGUGUGGCACACGGGCGAGCGCCGCUACCAGUGCAUCUUCUGCUGGGACACCUUCGUCACCUACUACAACCUCAAGACGCACCAAAAAGCCUUCCACGGCAUCAGCCCGGGGCUCAUCGCCUCCGAGAAGACGCCCAACGGCGGCUACCGGCCCAAGCUCAACGCGCUCAAGCUCUACCGCCUGCUGCCCAUGCGGGCGCACAAGCGGCCCUACAAAACCUACAGCCAGGGCGCCGUGCCCGACGGGGCGCUGCCGCCGCCGCCGGCCACGCCGGGAGACGCCGCGGUGACCGCCGCCUUCCCGCCGGCGCCGCGGCCGGAGCCCGCCUCGGUCAUCGCCUACGGCCGCGCCGCGCCCUCGGUCAUCGUCCGCGGCGGCAGCGGCGCCGCCUCGGUCAUCGCCUACAACGGCCGGGCCGGCGAGGAGCCGCCGGGGGUGCCCGAGGGGCCGGCGGCCGCGCCGGUGACGCCGGCGGUGCCCAUCAAAAAGCAGGUGCUGCGGGAUUACAUCGAGGCGCAGCGAGCGGCCGCCGCCGCCGCCACCGAGGCCACCGCCGCGGCCACCACCCCCCAGAACUCCUCCGGCGGCGGCGACGCCAACACCGGCGGCGGCGGCCGCACCAUGACCUACGUGGCCAAACCGGCGUACGCGGGCUCGGCGGCGGGCGAGGGGCUGUGCCAGAUCACCGUGCGCAUCGGCGAGGAGGCCAUCGUCAAGCGCCGCAUCUCCGGCACCGACCUGCGCGGCGACGGCGCCGCCGAGCCGCGCCGCGGCGACCGCGACAACGACAGCGACGCCGAGGACCGGCUGUGGCGGCCCUACUACUCCUACAAAGCCAAAAGGAAGGCGGGAGGCGGCGGCGCCGCCGCCCCCAAAAAGCCGCGCUGGCGGCGCAAGCUGCGCUCGCUGCGGUGGUCGCCGGGCGACAACGACGGCGACAACGACGCCGGCGGCGACGGGGACGCGCCGCGGCGGCGGCGGGAGCGGCACCACCCGUGCCGCGUGUGCGGGAAGAGCUUCCCGGCGCUGCGCAAGCUGCGCAAGCACCAGCGCGGACACGAGGCCGCCGCGGCGGCGCCGGUACCGGCGGCGGUGCCGGCACAGCCGGGCCGGGUGGGGCGGCGGCCGUCGCUGCGCUUCACCUGCCCCACCUGCGCCAAGGUGUGCAAGACGGCGGCGGCGCUGAGCCGGCACGCCCAGCGGCACCGGCAGCGGGGGUCGGCGGGGGGGUCACCGCGGGGGUCAGCGCCGGGGUCACCGCUGGGGUCAGCGCCGGGGUCACCGCAGGGGUCAGCGCAGGGGUCACCACAAGGGUCAGCGCCGGGGUCACCACAAGGGUCAGCGCUGGGGUCAGCGGAGGGGUCAGCACCGGGGUCACCGCCGGGGUCACCGCCGGGGUCACCGGCGCCGCCCACGGUCAUCGCCUACACCCCGCCGGCCGCGGGCAGGGAGGAGCCGCCGCCGCCUCAGGGCGGGGUCCCGCUGUCCCCCGGUGCCACCGGCGGCGGUGACAGCGCCGAGGGUGACACCGGUGACACCGCCGGGGGGGGGUUCCCGGUGCAGGAGCAGCCGCUGGCGCUGCUGUGCCGGGCCGCGGGAGGGGAAGCAGAGCCUGGGGGGACACCCAGGGGGGCUCCCCGCGUCCCCCCGGCCCCCCCCGGCUUCCCCUUGUCCUUCGGGCCCCGCUUGGUGGCCGCGUACCCCUUCCCCUUCCCCCUCCCCCUCGCCCUCGUCCUCCCCGAGCCCGAGCGCGGCUUCCUGGCCGGGGGGGGAGGGGCGGGGGGGUCUGGGGGGGCUCCUCCCCCCGCUCCCCUCCCCCCCAGCGCGGCCCCCCCCAGUUUUGGGUUCCCCGGGGGGGGAGGGGAGCGGCCGAGGAAAGCGGGGGGGGGCACCUGAGGGGUGGGGGAGGGGGGAG